AGACCUUCACAGCAUGGUGCAACAGCCACCUGAGGAAGGCCGGCACCGGCAUCGAGAACAUCGACGAGGACUUUCGCAAUGGACUGAAGUUGAUGCUGUUACUGGAAGUGAUCUCGGGCGAGACUCUGCCCAAGCCGGACCGCGGCAAGAUGCGCUUCCACAAGAUCGCCAACGUCAACAAGGCGCUCGACUUCAUCGCUUCCAAAGGAGUAAAAUUGGUGUCGAUUGGUGCCGAAGAAAUCGUAGAUGGCAACUUGAAGAUGACUCUGGGUAUGAUCUGGACGAUCAUUCUCCGUUUCGCCAUCCAAGACAUCUCAGUUGAAGAAAUGACAGCUAAGGAAGGUCUCCUUCUUUGGUGUCAACGCAAGACUGCCCCAUACAAGAAUGUGAACGUGCAGAACUUCCACUUGUCGUUCAAGGACGGUCUGGCCUUCUGCGCCCUCAUCCACAGGCACAGGCCCGACCUCAUCGACUACAGCAAACUGUCGAAGGACAACCCUCUGGAGAACUUGAACACUGCCUUCGACGUCGCCGAGAAGUAUCUUGACAUCCCACGCAUGUUGGACCCCGACGACCUAAUUAACACACCAAAGCCGGACGAGCGUGCCAUAAUGACAUACGUGUCGUGUUACUACCACGCGUUCCAGGGCGCGCAGCAGGCUGAAACCGCCGCGAAUCGCAUCUGCAAAGUUCUCAAGGUCAACCAGGAGAACGAGCGCCUCAUGGAGGAGUACGAACGUCUGGCCAGCGAUCUUCUGGACUGGAUUCGCCGCACAAUGCCGUGGCUGAACAGCCGCCAGACGGACAACUCUCUAGCCGGCUGCCAGAAGAAGCUAGAAGACUACCGCACUUACCGGCGCAAGCACAAACCGCCGCGCGUCGAGCAGAAGGCCAAGCUCGAGACCAACUUUAACACCUUACAGACGAAACUGCGUCUGAGCAACCGCCCCGCCUAUAUGCCCACUGAAGGCAAGAUGGUCUCUGACAUCGCUGGAGCGUGGAAAGGCCUCGAGAUCGCCGAGAAGGCGUUCGAGGAGUGGCUGCUCAGCGAGAUGAUGCGCCUGGAGCGGCUCGAAUACCUCGCUCAGAAGUUCAAGCACAAAGCCGACAUCCACGAAGACUGGACCAGAGGCAAGGAAGAGAUGCUGCAAUCGCAAGACUUCCGCCAGUGCAAGCUGAACGACAUCAAGGCGCUGAAGAAGAAGCACGAAGCCUUCGAGUCGGAUCUGGCAGCGCACCAGGACCGCGUCGAGCAGAUCGCCGCCAUCGCGCAGGAACUCAAAUAUCAUAAUACAGACGAGACGAUAACAUAUCAUAUAGUUGUGCUAAGUGUCGCCGCACACGGGCCACCGACCACAACCACAAAACGCCGCCACCGGCAUACUUCAUGUAGUUUUCAUACAUUUUAUAUGGACUCGCCACACACGGAGUUGAACCGCAAAUGGUCCGACGUGCGACAACUGGUUCCCCAACGCGACGGCACUUUAGCGGCGGAACUACGCAAGCAGCAGAACAACGAGAACCUACGCCGACAGUUCGCCGAGAAGGCCAACGCCGUCGGGCCCUGGAUCGAGCGACAGAUGGACGCCGUCACUGCCAUCGGGAUGGGCUUGCAGGGUUCCCUGGAAGACCAGCUGCACCGGCUGAAGGAGUACGAAGCAGGCGUGUACGCGUACAAGCCGCACAUCGAGGAACUGGAGCGUAUUCACCAGGCCGUACAGGAGGGCAUGAUCUUCGAGAACAGGUACUCCCAAUACACGAUGGAAACCCUACGCGUGGGCUGGGAACAGCUCCUCACCUCCAUCAACCGCACCAUCAACGAGGUGGAGAACCAGAUCCUGACCAGAGAUUCCAAGGGAAUCACCCAGGAACAACUCACCGAGUUCCGCGCCUCCUUCAACCACUUCGACAAGAAUCGCACCGGCCGCCUAGCGCCCGAAGAGUUAAAGUCUUGCCUCGUGUCUCUGGGCUACAGCAUCGGCAAGGACCGGCAAGGAGAACUCGACUUCCAGCGCAUCCUGGCUGUCGUCGAUCCCAACAACACAGGCUACGUUUCGUUCGACGCUUUCCUGGACUUCAUGACAAGGGAAUCAACAGACACAGACACCGCUGAGCAAGUCAUCGACAGCUUCAGGAUUCUAGCUGGCGACAAGCCGUACAUAACCGCGGACGAGCUCCGACGCGAGCUGCCACCCGACCAGGCGGAGUACUGCGUGGCGCGCAUGCCGCCCUACCGCGGGCCCGGCGCGCCCCCGCACGCGCUCGACUACAUGGCCUUCAGCACCGCGCUCUACGGCGAGACCGACCUCUAG